AGGCUUAAUUAUAUGAUAUGAUACUAGACAAAAGGAUUUACGGAACCAAACGAGCGCAUCUAACCGUCACCGAGUGGAAACAAUUCGACAAGCUUUCGAAUUACCAAGUAGCGCUGAAUUCACAUUCAACGUCAAACUUUCCCUCAAGAACAACCAAAACCCUAAUCUAAAUCGUAAGUUCUUCGUCCAAUAGUCAUACAAAAUUUCCGAUAUUGAAGUUUGGGUUGGUUCGGAAAAGAAAUUAGGGUUUUCUUUUAGAACGGCGAACAUGUCGACGGGUAGACCCAGAAAGCUUCAGAUGGUUGCUGUGGCGGCGGACAAGUCGGAGCUUGCAACUGGGUCGAACGCGCUCGUUGAGUACGCGCCGCCUGCUUUUAAGCAGGAAGAGGAGGACCUGGAGAUCAAGCUUCGGCGGAUCCUCGAGAACGUUCCUGUCCGCGUCAGCAACACCUCCGGUAGCUCCGCCGGCUCCGGCUCUGGCGAUUUUCACCAGUAUCGCCAAAUGAGACGAAAAGAACAAGACCGGAUUGCUAGGAUGGAUGCUGACUACCAGAGAAGGAAAGAAGAGGCAGAAUUCCAUAUGAGAAGGGAGGAAAGAAUGAAAGCUGCCGAGGAACGGACUGCAAAGAAGCGUUUGAAACGUCAAAAGAAAAGGCAAAGGAAAAAGGAGAAAAAAAGCAAAUUGAAUGAAGGAGGAGAAGAGCAUCAUAAAGAAGACUCUUCAGACGACGAAGGGGACUCCGAUGAUGGCGAGGAGGCAGCAAACUGAAUGAACAAGCUUCUACCAAAGUCUUAUAUUCAAGUAGUGGGUUAAGGUUUUAAGGAAGCAUCUUCAAGUAUGAGGGACUACGGGCCAUGCCUUCGUUUGGAUUUCAGUUCCUGCGUUAUACUUUCUGUCAUUUGUGUAAGCUGAACUCCACUGUAUGUACUCGCGGGUCAGAUAAAUUGAAAUUGCUGAUCUCACUAAAAAAGAAUUUGCCAUCCUUUUAGCCGAUUGACUGCCAUCUCUAUUUUCAAAUGCAACUUUAGUACAUUUUGCCUAACAUAAUGAAGUGAGUUCCGUUUGUUUAA